GGAACACACUACUCCCUCCUGCUCUGCUCCCGACCACGGCGGCGACGGCGACGGCGGCGGCGAGGUGACACCGAACGGCAUCAAGGUGCUAUUCUCCCCGGCCGACAUGCUCGCCCCGUCAGUCCGCUGGAAAUGGAACUGGAAGCAAGCGCCACCCACAAGACGGCGGCGACGGCGACGGCGAGGAGACGCUCGUCUUGCAGUCCAGCUGCUCAGCUACCUGACCGGCAUGGUCGCCCCCGGCGCCCUCUCCUCCGUCCGCUGGAACUGGAACUGGAACUGGAACUGGAAGCAAGCGCCACUCACCUCAACAGGUCAGUUCUCAUGUGUUGUGCCCGCGCCCUGCCCUAAAGGUGCUUGCGUUUAUUCCCACCACCACCAGCUUCAUCAGUACCAUAGUGGUCAGGCCAACCAACCACUCAGUUGCCGACCGCGCCCUGCCCUGAAGGUGCUUGCGUUUAUUCCCACCACCACCAGGUUCCUUACACCGCCACCUUCCUAGCUAGCUCGAGCAGCAUGGUCACCAACCAAGCACUCAGACUCAGUUGCCCACCACGUGCACGCACGCUUGUUUGCUUUAGUCAGUGGAACCGCAGCUGUCUCCGUCCUAUUGUCCGUCUCUCUCGGCGUGUCCCCAGAAAUUAAGUAAGUAAUGGCCGCCAUACAUCAAGAGGAGAGCUUGAGCCUUGUGAGAGCCAAUUCAAGUAUAAUAUGAUCAACCCGAGCCUAGCUUUGUAACGCUCAGCUUACCAAGCUCAUUCACAUGGCAUGUCCAUGUCCUUGUGCCGGCCAGCGCCUUGAAGGCCGCAACGUCACCAGCGCCAGACCCGCCUUGUCUUUACCCUUGGAUUUGCUUCACGGGAUGGGAUGCGAUUACUUUGGUUGAUCACAUCCGGUGGGAGCAAUGCUAUCUUUGGCUCGAGCAGAUUACUCGCCCGUCGGACCUGAACUUGGUCGCUCCUUCAGGAGCACCACAACUGAGGCUCCUUCAGUUCACUAGCACUAGUAUAACAGUAAAAGACCUCGAUGCUGAAGGAGGGCUCAUUUGCUUGCUUGUUAAGCAGCCAAACCAAAUGUGAUCCUGGUCUCUCUUGAUCCCACCCUCUCUCGUAUCAUCUCCACUCCAGGCAUUGCUGCACAGGUCGAAUGUAUUCCUCUUAAGAAGACCACCGAGCCUCUCCCCGAUACGUACAGACAGAGUAUAUUCUGGAACGACAGGAGUAGCUUUUAGUAUUGGUUAUUACUCCCUCCGUAAAGAAAUAUAAGAGCGUUUACAACACUAAAAUAGUGACCUAAACCCUCUUAUAUUUCUUUACAGAUGUAGUACUAGUUUAUUUGUAGCUCUCCAUUUUUUGAAUCUGUGUGACAAGUGGAGCAAGUAGCCUGAUUAUUACUACUGAAGAACUACUUUUGGCUUUGUGCAGCUGCUUAGUGCUUUCACCUCACACUUGUGCUUUGCAAGCAAACCAAAUGCACCACGUUGGCUUUGUUUAAUCGCUGAUUAAUUAACACUCGCUUACCAAGCUCAUUCACAUGGCAUGUCCUAGCUUGUGCCAGCCAGCGCCUUCAAGACCGCAACACCACUGAGUGACGCGAGACCCGCAGCCUAGUCUUGUUUUUACUCUUGGAUGCAUGCUUUGCUUGGGCAGCGAUUAGUUUAGUUGAUGACUUGUACCUGCUGAUCAUUAAUACAGAUUGAGAGACAUCAUAUCGUCGUAGUAAGUAAAGUAAGCAGCUAGUCUACAUGUCACCAAAUAACUUGCAGCUUGCACUAAGUACGACAUGUUAACAGAGCAAUUGCUUAGCUCAUCAAUAGUUCACAUGACAUUUUCAUAUUUUGUGAAUCAUAUGUCGUAAUGAUUAUAGCACUGGAAACUUCAUUCAAAUACAAAUUUGAUGGCAUGUGUUUUUUGUGGGCCGGAUACAAAUUCUGUUGGCCAAACUGAUUUUUGAAUCUCAAAAUACGCAGAAGCCAGUAGACUAGAAGGAGAGGGAGUAGGUUUUUUGUACUUGCGGAUGACAGCCCCUCGUAUAUCUUAUUAAGUGCGUGUGACAAGUGCAGCUUGUCCAGUAAUACUAGUUAAUUAGUACUAGAUCAGAUCUGUCCGAGUGCUAAACACUCACUAACUCACUCUCUCUUUCUCACUGCCGCUCUCCGCCGCUUGCUCUCUUCUCCCUGCCUCCCCCCGUUGCCUCGCCCUCUCCCCCAUCGCCUCGCCCUCUCCCCCGUCGCCACGGCGACGGCAGCUCCUGGAUCUGGACCAGCCGCACCGCACUGCUGCCGCAGAUCACCAGCUAGCUAGGCCUCCCUGUCAGUCGGCAUCCAUCACCGGCAGACCAGUACCUCGUGCGUGCGAGUCAGCGUCGUACAUCCUUGCAUCUGAUGGGAAUGUACGUGGCGCUCCGUGCGGCGCAAUGGGUGGUGGGCAAGGCACUAGCCCCCGUUGCCAAUGGCAUGCUAGGGGCUUGGGCAGCCACCAAGAACUUUGGUCCCAACGUCGAUGCCCUCAGCACGGAGUUGCUGCUUGUGAAGGCCACGCUUGAGCAAGCUGCCUACAAGGAGCUUGGAGGCCCGGCAAUGGAGAUGCUGCUGCAGAAGCUGCGGGACUCGGCGCAGAAUGCUGAAGACUUGUUGGAUGAGCUGGACUACUUUCGCAUCCACGAUGAGCUCCAUGGCACGCACGAUGCUGCCGACCAGCACGGCGAAGGUGGCGUGCACAACCUCGCCCUCAAUGCUCGGCACACCGCCAAAGCUGUUGGCAAACUGGUCAACUGUUGCCCUUGGCAGCGUUCUAAGCGCCGACAGAGCUCACACGACGAUUCCUCCUCAGCGCAAGAUGCCAAUCAGGUGGUCAGGGGAUGCAUGCCCAAGCUCGGUAAACUCCUACCUUGCACAUUUUCCCCACAUUCACAUGUUCAUGGUGAUGAUGACGAUCAUGGCAAUGGGCAAGAAACACCAAAACUUGAGUUUAAUAGGGUUGAUUUCUCUCAAAGGAUGAAGGAUACUGUAGGGAAACUGCAGCUUAUGCGUAAUGAGAUUAACAAGAUUUUGCAGGGUUGUAGCCUUAGAACUGUCUCAAAUAUAGCCCAGAGCCGUCCCAUCACCAAAGGUCGAAUUGAUGAGCCAAAAUUGUACGGGAGGGACCGUGUCAUGAAUAGCACCAUACAUGAUAUCACCAAUGGUCAGUACUGUGGCAAGGGGCUAACUGUGCUUCCGGUUGUUGGUCCAGGGGGAGUGGGGAAGACAACUUUGAUACAACACAUAUAUGACAACCAACAAGUGCAGGAUCAUUUUCCAGUCAUGAUUUGGAUAUUUGUGUCCCUCGAUUUCAAUCUGGAUAAGGUGCUAGAACAGAUUAAAAGAUCUACCCCUCAAGUUAGAAGUGAAAAAAAGUGCAGUACAACAGAAGAGUUGAUUGAACAGAGAUUAAAAUCUAAAAGGUUCUUACUUGUCUUGGACGAUAUAUGGCGGAUUAGUAAUGGGGAUGACUGGGGGAAAUUAUUGUCAACACUCAAUCAAUCACAAGAAAAGGGUUGUAUCAUUCUAGUCACAACUCGGUUUCAAUCAAUAGCACAGAAUGUUAAAACAACUGCCGAUUCAAUAGAACUGGGUGGUUUAGAAUCUAAAGAGUUUAGGAAGUUAUUCCUUGCAUUUGUCUUUGGCAGUGAGCAAUGUGGAAAGGAUAAACAUUUUUUGCUUGAGACUGGAGAUAAGAUAAUGGAAAAACUAAAGGGAUCCCCUCUUGCAGCAAAGACCGUUGGUAGAUUAUUGAGUAAAGAUCUUAGUUUGUGUCAUUGGAAAAGGGUCCUAAAAAGCAAAGAAUGGGAGAAGCAGACCGAUGGCAAUGGAAUUAUGCCUGCCUUGAAGCUUAGCUAUGACUUUCUCCCUUUCCAUCUGCAACAAUGUUUUUUCUAUUCUGCAUUGUUUCCUGAAGAUUACCAUUUCAGAAGCCGUGAGCUCAUCAAUCUGUGGAUCGGACUAGAUAUUUUGAUACCUGGUGGUCAAAACCAAACAUGUGAAGAUAUAGGUUUGAGCAAUCUAAAUGCUUUAGUCAUCCAUGGAUUUUUUAGAGAAGAGGAAACUUCUGCUGGUCCGCGUUAUGUUAUGCAUGACCUACUGCAUGAUUUGGCAUUGAAGGUUGCAUCACAUGAUUGUCUUAGUUUACAUCUCCCUAAUGAUGGAUCAGUAGAAGUUCAGCCAUCAAUCCGUCACUUGUCUAUAAGCACAGAGGACUUAGUGAAAUAUGAUGCAGUGUCCAGUGAAAAGUUAAGGAGUGAAUUGGAAGAAAUAAAGACGAGAUUGAAGGUUGAACAUUUGCAUACACUGAUGUUAUUUGGAAAAAUGGAUGAAAGUUUUUCUGAGGUAUUUGGUGAUUUCUUUGGGGAAGCAAACGCUCUUCGUGUUCUUUAUUUGCCCAACAUGAUGUAUCCUGUGCAGUCCAUGUUACAUAACUUUUCAGGACUUGUCCACCUACGAUGCCUAUGUCUAGGGACAAGGGUGAGACAGAUGCAUUUACCAAUUAGCAUCUCCAAAUUCUACCAUUUAAGGAUUCUAGACCUUGUGUCAUGGGAAGGGAGUCGUGAUUUGCCUGAAGACAUGAGCAACCUUGCAAAGUUGUGCCAUAUUCAUAUUCGUUUUCAUCAGCGUCAUUCUGAUAUUUGUAAUGUGGGGAAAUUUAAACUCUUGGAAGAGUUAAAUGUAUUUCGAGUCCAUGAAGAAAGUAAAGGAUUUGAACCAAGUCAACUAGAGCAUUUGACCAAGCUAAGGGAGCUUGGCAUCUACAACCUUGAGAAAAUACAUACAAUAGAAGAAGCAGCUGAAGCAAAACUGAUAGAGAAAAACUACUUGAAGAGGUUAGCAUUGGUUUGGGAUAGUGGGCGCUCUAGUGUUGAGCCUGUUAUGGAAGCAUUGGUUCUUGAGAGCCUUCAACCCCAUGAAGAUAUCCAAGUGUUGUGCAUUAGAGGGCACAGAGGCCCUUCUUGUCCAACAUGGCUGGGUGAUGAGUUUGCUGCUGAAGGUCUACAAUCUCUUUAUCUUUAUGGUGUUUCUUGGGAAAUUUUCCCUUCUUUAGGGAAGGCGUGGGAUCUUCGUCAACUAAGGUUGGUGGAUAUUGCCAGACCGAAGGUGUUUAUUAUAGAGAAAAGCUUUUGCAUGCUAACAAAGCUUGAACUCAUUGGCCUAGCAAGUUUUGAGAAAUGGGUUCUCCCAGCUGAACAUGCUCAUAUGUUCCCUCUUUUGCAACGGUUGACUAUAAGAAAGUGCCCGAGAUUAUUGGGGUUGCCUUUUUCAAACCACAUUGUUUCCCCAUAUUGGUUUCCCAAACUACAACAUGUUGAUAUACAGGACUGUCCAGAAUUCUCGUCAGUGAUUCCCAUCUCCUGGGUUGAAAGGAUUGAAAGUCUGCGUCUUGUCACGAUUAGAAGCGUCAAGCUACUAAAGUGGUUUCAAUACUCAAAAUCAGCCGAUGGAGUAAAAUUGGCAAUUUUUGGAAAAGGUGAUCUAUAUAGCUUAGAUCAAGUGUUAGUUUUUUAUAAGGAAGCAGGCCUUGAGAAGCUAGCACUCAAGAGGUGCCCACCUCUAGAAUUGAAGCACCUUCUGAUGCUAACCUCGUUGAAGACAUUGUUUGUAGAAGAAUCAGAUGGUCUGGUUGGACCACUAGGUGGCCAGGGUGAUGUGGAAUGGCAGCUCCCUGUUGAGCAUAUCCAGAUCGAGCGCUUAAACGGUAAUAGUGGGAAGGAAUUGACAGAGCUCCUCCCCCAUCUCCCAAGGCUCUCCAAGUUGGAAAUAAAGUUUUGUGGCAACAUAAAACACAACAGUAAUGGGGUGGAUGAAGAUGAAAUAACAACAUCAGCAGCAUCAAAGUUGGAGGAAGAUGAAAUAACAACAGCAGCAGAGGAAGAGGAUGAUGGGGUGCUGCUCUUCCCAGCUCAUCUCUUUGACUCACUACAGGAGUUGGUCAUCUAUGGUUGCCCAGAGAUGGUCCUGAUGAACCCACCAACUCUUGUUCCUGUAGGAGGAUGGUUCCAAGCCUUGAGAUCUCUCCAGAGAUUAAGUAUACAGCUCUCCCCAAAGUUUCUGUCUGCCUUCCCGUUUUCCCGUCACCUUUUCCCUUCCUCCCUGCAGUUUGUGGCGCUUUGGGGUGUGGAAGACAUGGGGACACUGGAGCCCCUCUCAAACCUCUCCUUUCUUACCAGAUUGGAAUUGAUUGGUUGCGGAAAAGAUCUGAAAUGUCAGGGCUUGCGCUCUCUCCUUACCACCAGGGGCCAGCUCGACGAAUUAAGAGUCUUUGGCAGCACUAUGUUCUUUGCUGGUUGGGAUCCCAAUCCUAGGCAGUCUUUGGGGGGUGUCGAGGGAGAAGAGCAGCAGACACAACUUGUUUCAUCCACAGUGCAGAAGCUCAGCACUGAUGACGCAGCGGGACUCCUUGCUGCACCCAUCUGCAGCUUCCUCUCUUCCUCCCUCACCAAGCUGGAACUUCAUGGGGAUGGGUCUGAAGGGAUGAAGUGCUUCAGCAAGGAGCAGGAGGACGCCCUUCAGCUCCUCUCCUCCCUCCAGCUACUUAAGUUUCAUGGUUUCAACGACCUUCAACAACUCCCUGCAGGGCUGCGCAACAUUACCAGCCUCAAGAUAUUAUCAAUCGAAUUCUGUCGAACCAUCUCAUCGUUGCCCAAGGAUGGCCUCCCUGAUUCACUCCAAGAGCUACGUGUCAAAUACAGCUGCCUGAAGCUAACACUGCAGUGCAGGGGGUUAGAGGGAACCAUCCCAGAAAUCGAUAUACGCUGAUCCAAGGGCAAUGCCUUGGAGUUCCCUUGUACAUUCUCCCAGCCUUGUAGAGCUCUUCCCUUUCCAUACGUACACACUUUGGUCUUGUGGCAGCCGUAUUCCUUCCUGUACAUAAAUCUGGUAAGCACACUAAAUGGGAACUUGACUCCUGCUGUAUCGUAUCAAUUAUAUCCACUUCCACUUAUACGUGCUGCAACAAAUAUAUCCACUUAUGCUCCUGCUAUAUUAAAUUUCCAUUUUCUUCUCAAACGAUAGUGAAGAUUUAUUUGUCAACACACCUGAUCUUUCCACAAGUCGAGAAAACCAACAUCACUGUCAGCCAAUGCCUUCUGCGAGUCUCUUCUUUUCUUCCUAGAUGUAGUUUCUAACGAAACAUGUGAUCACCAUUUGUCGUUUCCGGGGAUUUACUUGCUGCUCAACACUAGUGAUGAAGCUAUGUAUAUCCUUGGAAGCAAGAGAUUGAGUUGGGGAAAGGUAUGAUUGACUGAGACAUUCUUGUGCCACUGCAGCAGCCACACAAGGAUAGUGCUGUUCGGUAGAUGUGGUUUCAACUGUUCCUUGUGAUGCCCCUCAUUCGGUUCUUCCUUAGAUGCAAUGUACUUAAGAUGGUCAUAGAUGGAUUCUUGUACACUUUCAACUGAAUAUUCAGGUCAUAAUGACAAACAAGUAAGAUGCAGCCAACAAACUCUUAUUACUAAAAACCGGCACCGCAAAGGUGUGACUUACUGGAAAAGCUUUAGAUGGUGCUGAACAAUUCGGGGCACCUAAAGGAAGACUGUACUCAUGGUUCCUGUCAAGAACUGCUACGCACCUACUCGACGACUCCAGCAAUUGGUGUACACAAAACAGUGCAGAACGUUUGUUCAUGCGAGAACCGGCUGCCAAGAAGGGUAAUGAAUUGGCUUUUAACCAGUCCGCGGAGUAACCGGAACCAUGCUAAGGAAGAAGAAGAAGAAGCAGAAACACUGCCUAGUCCAGAAGAAGCGUAGCUUGCAGCUUGGUAUAUCUGAAGCCUGACAGCCUUGUGAUGUCGCUCAGAAGUUGCUGCAAUGAGCACAUCAUUCACAUUCAUACCGUGUGUGCGAUGCAAUAACCAGACUGCAUCAUCUUGUGAAGAAAUCGACACUUGUCAUGUUGUUAACUGAAGAAAUCGACACCCAGCUAUAUAUUAUCUUCGUCUAACGUGUCUGAAGACUGGAGAUGUCGCCAUUUGAGUUACCUUUUACUGUCUCCUUGCUCACCUGCCUUGCUUUAGCGUUAAAGUUAAGAUUACCUUUCACUGGCUGUAAUGGGCAUAAAACCCCGGAUCUAUCUGAGAGCCAUGGAGCUCAUAUUCCUGUACUUUAGCGGCAAUUCGUCUUGGCUGUCCUUAAUUCGCUAUAAUUCGCUGGCAAUCGUCUUGUGAAUUCACCUACUUGGUACCUGCCUGCUGGUGAAAUAAAUGGCCAGCUUGUGUUCUUCUCAGCAAAAGAAAGAAUGCUAGCUGUUUCUGUUUCUCAGCAAAAUAAA